AAUUAUUGAUAGCCCAAUAAAAAUUUCUGGUAGGCCCAAAAUUUAAAUGAUAAGAUUAUAGAUUAAAUGUAACAUAAUUUUUUAGGAAUAUGUCUAUUUAAAAAAAAAAAUCACACAUUUUAAUAUAUAAGAUUAUUGCUAACAUAUUAUUAAUUUAUAAAAGUUUUCUUUGCAUUAUUCGUUGUAUUUACCAGAGCUCAGACGGGGAAAUAAUCGAUUGCAUACUUAUUGCGAAGCAACCAGCUUUUGAUCAUCCCAUGCUAAAAUACCAUACGAUUCAGGUACUUUUUUGUCCUUUCCCUGAGUUUAUUAUUGCAUGGCUUACGUACACUUAACACAUAUAUCAUUAUAGUAAAUGGUAAAAAUAAUUUUGAAAAUAGAUGACACCUAGUUCUUAUCCGCAUGAGGUUUUAACUGAUGAAGACAAUGCUCCAUCACCAAGCAACGAUGAAGAACAACCAGAAAAUAUAUCUCAGUCUAGGCAAAUGGCAGGAGAGUGCCCUGAAAACACUAUUCCAAUCAAAAGAAUAACAAAAGAAGAUCUUCUCAGAGUAGAUAAUAUCAAAAAUUACGGGAAAAAAUCAAAUAUCUCUCGGCCUUAUCAGUUAUAUAACCCGAUUGAUAUCAUCUCAGAUAAUAAUGACCACGAGGUAUGUGUAUAUGUGCACUUAAAUCAUCAACAUUUCUUCAUCACAUUAAAACCUUAAUUUGUUAAACUAUAUGAUUUUCUUGUAGUAUGCUAUCGCAUAUGUUAAUGGUGGUCCUUACCGCGGAACGAAAGCACAGAUAACCGUAUGGAAACCGCGGAUAGAAGCAGGAGAAUCCAGUUUAUCACAGAUAUGGAUCAUUGGAGGCAAAUUUGGUCCUGGUUUGAAUACUAUAGAAGCUGGUUUGCAUGUCAACCCGGAUCUAUAUGGUGAUUCCAAUCCUCACUUUUUUAUUUACUGGACUGUAAGUUCUCACAAACUAGUAAUUACAUUUUUGUGUGUCCAUAUUAUUUUAAGAAAUAGUUAUCACCUAAUUUUAGUUAUUUUUAUGAAAUGAAAUUUGUAAUGAGUAUAUAUAUAUAUAUAUAUAUAUAUAUAUAUAUAUAUAUAUUGAGAAACAGAGUGAUGGCUAUCACAAAACAGUAUGUUAUAGUCUCAUGUGCUCAUGCUUUGUUCAAAUUAACAGAAGAGUCUCCCCUGGUGGUGUGUUUAACCAUAUCUCCACCUAUAAUGGUCCACAAUUUAUACUCACCAUACAAAUAUGGAAGGUUGGUUUAGUUAAUUACCAAAAAUUAAAUCAUAUAUUUUUUACAACAUACAUGUUUUGGUUUGGUCUUUUUUUUUUGAAUGAAUGCUAAAUUUAUUCAUCUCAAAACCUUUUGUACAAUAAAUGCAUCAUUGUUUGGAAAAGAAUGAUACUAACUCAACUUCUGUACAAGAUUAACUAUAAGCUAUCGACUUCCAAACCAAAGCUGCAUAGCAGUUUGUAGUCUUGAACGUUCUGCCCUGUUUAUUGAAGAGAUGCGAUUUCGCACUUGCUUAUCAAUUCUUGAGAGUAACAGAGGAGCUGACCACUCGGCCAUUUCUCUCCUGCCACACCGAGUAUACUGCUGUUUGAAAUGCAUACCGAAUCAGGAAAGUUGUUGUUGCAUCCGUAGUACCCUCAGCCACAAUACUCAGAAUCGGAUUCCAAUUGUUAGAGAACCGAGAGGCUAACAGCCUACCCACAGUAUGUUUUGGUUUGGUCAAAGGUGGAUAUUGUGAAGAAUUGACCUUGUUUGGUUUGGUCAAACAUACUUGUUUGGUUUAGUCAAACAUACUUAUAUUGUUUGGUCAAACAUACUUGUUUGGAUCAAGUUGAUGGAGAAAAAAGAAGAAGAAGAGAGAAUACAUUGGGUUAGCCAAAAAAGCCCAUUUGGUUUAGAGAUUAUGAGAAUGUUUAUGGUUAUAAAUAUCCUAUCUUAAACUAUCUAUAACCUAAGCCACAUUGAAGCAUCUCUAUCUCUCUAAAGUUUUUUCUUGAAAUAAAGAGCUUGUAAUUUUCAUAUUAUAGUGAGGGCCAAAUCAAAUUCAGUACAAGUCAUGCAUGUCCGUUCCUUGACGAUGAAAUCGGUUGUGAGAUGUCUCCUGGUUGUGCUAACGGUGAUGGUAACGAAUAUAGUGGAGCCAAUAGCUGGAAAAGUCAAAAAUCAACAGAUUGAACUCAGGCUUAAGCAACUCAACAAGCAAGCUCUUAAAUCCCUCGAGAGUUCAAACGGUGAAAUAAUUGAUUGCAUAUCUAUUGUGAGCCAACCAGCUUUUGAUCAUCCCAUGCUCAAAAACCAUACGAUUCAGAUGACACCUAGUUCUUAUCCGCACGAGGUUUUAACAAAAGAAAACAAUGCUCCAACACCAAGCAACGACGAAGAACAACCAGAAAUUACAGUUCAGCCUUGGCAACUGGUAGGAGAGUGCCCUGAAAACACUAUUCCAAUCAAAAGAAUAACAAAAGAAGAUCUUCUAAGAGAAGAUAAUAUAAAGAAUCACGGGAAUAAAUCGAAUAUCUCUCAGCCUCAUCAAUUCUAUCACCCGAAGGAUAUAACUAACUAUAGUGUCCACGAGUAUGCGAUCGCAUCUGUUGAUGGUGGUCCUUUCCGCGGAACGAAAGCACAGAUAAACGUGUGGAAACCACGGGUCCAAGAAGUAGGAGAAUCCAGUAUAUCACAGAUAUCGAUCAUAGGAGGAAAAUUUGAUGCUGGUUUGAAUUCAAUACAAGCUGGUUCGCAUGUCCAUCCGGCUCUAUAUGGUGAUGACAAUCCUCAUUUUUUUAUUUACUGGACAAGAGACAAUUAUCAGAAUACAGGAUGCUACAAUCUCAGGUGCCCCGGCUUUGUUCAAAUUAACAAAAAACUCACCCCUGGUUAUUUGUUAACGCCCAUCUCCACCUAUAAUGGUCCACAAGUUAAAUUUACCAUAAAAAUGUGGAAGGAUCCAAAGACAGGAAACUGGUGGUUACAAUUGAAUGAUCAAGAGUUGAUAGGGUAUUGGCCAAAAGAGAUAUUCACAAACCUUGCAGAUGAAGGGGCAAGCGUAAUUGAAUGGGGAGGUGAAGUGGUGAACAAGAAAAAAGACGGACAACACACAACCACUGAAAUGGGAAGUGGACACUUUCCAAGUGAAGGAUUUGGAAAAGCAAGUAGCUUUGAAGUCAUCAAAAUCAUUGAUAUGAAUAAUGGUUUAAUAGAUCCGGUUAAAGUUAAAACUGUAGUGAGUCGACCUGCUUGUUACGAUAUUAAAACAGGUUAUGAUAAGACAUACGAGGUUUUUUUCUACUAUGGUGGUCCUGGUCGUAACCCGAAUUGUUCUUAGAUAUUUCAUAUUUAUAUGUAAUCUAAAAUAAAAAUUGUUAAAGUUGUAUUGUGUUCCGGAUGGUUGUGAAUGUAGACCAAGACUAUUUCAUUCUCUAGAGUUUAUAGUUAUAUCUAAAAACUAAGUUUGAUUAUAACUUUUGGUUUGUCUUCUUCUUUCCAAGUUUGAUGCUCCGUUGGCCUCUUGACUUCAGGUCAUAGAUGCUGCAAAGGACAUAAAAAGCGUGUUUUUCUAAUCCAGUAAAUGCAGUACUGUAUAGAAGAAGUAGAAGAAGUCAGAGAUGCUUUACCUUGAUUAAUGUGAAAUUGUAUCAUACUGCAUUUCUAGAAAAAGACCGCUCACUUAAGAUACAAAUGUUGAUGAUCUUGGGGUUUUGUCUAAAACAAUAUCGGUGGUAGAGGAAUCACUCGAAAACCAUAAAGUGUGGCUAGAUUUGUAAUUGUUGUAGUUGUUUAUCGAGACAACACACAUGGAGUCUAUGAGCGUCUGGAUUUGUAGACAAACAUUAGUGUCAACUGGCAAAAAAUAAACGCCAGAAGAUGCGAACUGGGUCGUAUCGACACUAGAGAUGGACGCAAUGGUGAAGCGUCAACAACAGAGAAUCUGAGAAAUUGAAGGAGACAAACAAAGCUUUGGUAAUGGAAACUAGGGGUGGGCACUUUACAUACCCGAAGCCGCACCCGAACCCGACCCGAAAAAUCCGAACCGAAGUAGCAAAAUACCCGAACAUGUAUUAAAUUAAGAGAGAUUGGAUAUCCGAAUCCAAAUGGAUAAAGUUCGAACCCGAAUGGAUAUCCGAAGAUAACCGAACAUAUAUAUAUUUAUACUUAUAUUUCUAGAUUAUAUCUCUUUAAAAAAAAAUAUAUUUAUAUUGAUGUUAUACAUACUUUAAGAUUAUAAGUAUAUAUGUAUAUUGGAGAAAAUGAUUUCAUAUUAAUUUAAAAUGCAUGUCAAAUUUUUUGUUUCAUGUAUUAACAAAAGUUACAUUCAAAGUUUAAAAACAAUACCCAAAUUAAUAUUUAUUUGUUUUUGAAAUAUUAUCUUCAAACCUAUUAAUCGUUCAAUCUAUAAAAAAAUAAAAAUAUCAGUUAAGUCAAAUCUUUACUUUUAAAUACAAGAAACUUAAAAAAU